UUCGCCGUGUUUACUUCGAAUUAACCUUGCCGUCACUCCGUUCCUUGGAUGUAGAAGCACGAAAAUUCCUCAGAAUCUCUUCGGAUAUCGCCGGAGCCGUCACCUUCCGAUCGUGCGGUACCGUUUUCCCGGUGAAUAUGGUGAGCCAGAGGCAAAAACUUGCUCGGAAAAAGUACAAAGAGGCACACCCAGAACUGUUCCCGAAAGCAGAGCCAACGCCACCAAAAGACCCGGAGAAGAAGAAGAAAAAGAAGAGUAAAUUUAAGCGCAACAAGGCAGAAUCGAAAGACCCAAAUAAACCCUUCAAAAAGGGUUUUAAGAAACACCCUCUUAGAGUGCCCGGGAUGAAGCCGGGAGAAAGCUGCUUCAUCUGCAAAGCCAAAGACCACAUUGCCAAGCUCUGCCCAGAAAAGGCUCAAUGGGAGAAGAACAAGAUAUGCUUGCUUUGUCGGAGACGCGGGCACAGCCUCAAGAAUUGCCCGGACAAAAGUGAAGGGACAGAGGAUAAGAAGUUAUGCUACAACUGUGGUCAAACAGGACAUUCGCUGGCUAAUUGUCCACAACCUCUUCAAGAUGGAGGAACUAAAUUCGCCAAUUGUUUUAUUUGUAAUGAAAGCGGACACUUGAGCAAGAACUGCCCGAAGAAUACUCAUGGUAUCUACCCUAAGGGUGGUUGUUGUAAAACUUGUGGAGAAGUUACACAUUUAGCUAAAGAUUGUCCAAACAAAGGCACCAGAGUUUCUGCUGCGGCUGGUAUAUCGGGUAACAGAUCAUCUGGAUACAUGGAAAUGCCGAGACGACCGGCAACGAGGCUCGUGAGUGGAGACGAUCUUGAGGACGACUUUAUGAUCGAUGAAGAUCAUUUGCAGAUCAAUGAUGCAAAACCAGGAAAGAAAAAGGGACCCAAAGUUGUGAAGUUCUUGGAUUAUUAUGAAACGUGGCAUGGCAAAUGUGGUUGCAGAGUAGUUUUGUCCCUAAAAUUUCUCCUCUUCUCCCCUUUAUUCUCAUCCCUCUCCCCAAAAAUAAGGAUCUCUCCCUCUUACCUUUUCAUCUCUCUCAUUUCUCCUCUUCUCUCUUUUCUUUCAUCCUUCUCCAUUUUCCCUACAACCCCAUCUCUCUCACUCCUUUGUCUCUCACACAUUGUCUCUCACAACAUGGCGAACUCGGCAUCUGGAAUGGCUGUGAGGGACGAAUGCAAGCUCAAGUUUAUGGAACUGAAAGCGAAGAGGAACUAUCGGUUCAUUAUAUUCAAGAUUGAGAAUCAGGAAGUUGUUGUGGAGAAACUUGGAAGCCCCGAAGAAACUUAUGAAGAUUUCACUGCAGCUAUCCCUCCCGAUGAAUGUCGCUAUGCUGUGUUUGACUUUGAUUUCACUACUGAUGAGAAUUGCCAGAAGAGCAAGAUUUUCUUCAUAGCAUGGUCACCCGACACAUCGAGAGUGAGAAACAAGAUGGUGUAUGCGAGCUCUAAGGACAGAUUCAAGAGGGAAUUGGAUGGAAUUCAGGUGGAGUUGCAGGCCACAGAUCCUAGUGAAAUGAGCUUCGACAUAAUCAAAGCCAGAGCUUUUUGAGCUCAUUUUCAUCUCUCUCUCUCUCUAUUUUUCUCUGUCUUCAUUCUUGAGACUUGGCAUAAUGUUGUGAUGCCACUCUGAUUUUCUUCUUUUCUUUUUGUAUGUUUUUGUCUUUUUCAGAGUCUUGUUUCUGCUUCAUGGGGUUUUAUUGAGCUCUAAAGCUGUAAUGAUCUAUUGUAAUUCUAUAUAAAAUUAUUCUUUCACA